CAAAGAUAUGAAAAUUGUGUUUAGGUGUUCUGUUUUACUUGCAUAAUAUAUGAUAUAAUAGUUUUCCUAGAUUUUUAUUUACUUCUGACACUUGGUAUCCUUUGUUGCUAUUUAUCUUUUAUCUGUAUUAGUAAGAGAUAACGGAUAUUAAAUAACGUGCGUGUGAGAGAGAUCAAACGUUGAACAACCUAGGGUCAAAGGGGGGAAUUGUCUGAGAUUUAUAAGUUAACUCUGUUAGAUUGAACGGGUCAGUCAGUGUUGUAUCCCCAAAGAGCACGUAUAUCAAGGAACCAAGUUAAUUUAUAAGGAAACAACAUUUUUUAAAAUGUCUACUAAAAUAAGAUCACGUAACCAAGUUACUUCGAUUAUCGAUCCUUCGGAGAAGUUUCGACCGGAGCCUAUCUAUGCCGGCAAAUUGAAAAGCGAGUUUAGAAACUUUAGCGUAGAUCCAGCAGAUGAGAUCAAGGAACGUGUUCGUCAGACUUACGAGAACAUGCAUACUAAUCAAACGGUCGAGUUUGUGCUUUCUCGUAUGAAAGAAUGGCUUCAAUUCAAUAAAGCCAGAAUGACGAUUAAAGAAGCACUGAUCAAAUUAAACGAUCUCAUCGACGAGAGCGAUCCAGAUACCUUAUUACCAAAUAUCGUUCACGCCUUUCAAACGGCCGAAUCCAUAAGAACAGAUCAUCCUGAUUUAGAUUGGUUCCAUUUAACUGGACUGAUACAUGAUUUAGGAAAGAUUAUGGCGUUCUAUGGGGAACCCCAAUGGGCUGUCGUGGGUGAUACAUUUCCUGUUGGCUGUGCAUGGGCUGAUUCCAUAGUCUACAGAGACUCCAGUUUUGAAACAAAUCCUGACGGCCAGGACUCUCGUUACAAUACAAAAUAUGGGAUGUACAAAUCACAAUGCGGUAUAGACAAUUUAAUCAUGUCCUGGGGACAUGACGAAUAUCUUUAUCGUGUUUUGGUUCAUAAUAAUUGUACAUUACCUAAGGAAGCACUUGCUAUGAUUCGUUAUCAUUCAUUCUACCCCUGGCAUGCUGGUGGUGAUUAUAUGCAUUUUUGUACGCAAGAAGAUUUAGAUAAACUCAAGUGGAUCAUAGAAUUCAAUAAAUAUGAUUUAUACACAAAAAGUGCUGCUAUACCAGAUAUUGAACAAUUAUGGCCUUAUUAUGACAAAUUGAUCGACAAAUAUAUUCCAGGCACGUUAGAAUGGUAAACAAGAAUAUUGAAAAACUAAGUGGACACGAGCUAUGCUUAAUUAGUUAUUUUUCUUUUUUUUUGUACAUAUUAUAUAUAUUUCUGCUUUUGAUUUUUAAAGGUUGAUUUUUUUUCAAAUAUAUAUACAUAUAUUUAUCAUAUUUUAUACUAUUUUUAUCAUGAUGUUAGUCAAAAUGCUUAUAAACGUUUAAAUUCCUUUGAAUUCGCGGUAAAAUUUCUACGAUCAAUGAAAUUCGCAGAAACUAAUGAAUCCAACCAAUAGAAUGAUCACUGGAAAAGAUUUUUCUUUUUGAAAAAAUACCUCAAUUGUUACAUAAUGCAAUCAAAGUAUAUUUGAUGAUGAUAUUAUUAAAUUGCCUGGCUGCAAAUGAAGAAAGUCGAGUAAUUAUUCUUUGCCGUUUCUUUGAAUAAGAAAGAGAUAGAGAGAGAGAAAGUAUUUAGACAAAAGUAUAUAAGAAAUCUGUAGGAAUGAAUUGCUUGGAAUUUCUUUCGAACGUUUUCCCGGCAAAUUCUCGACAACGUUAACAAAGAUUUAGACGUUCGCUCAUUUAACGAACAAGGGAGCGGCUCCUUUCACACGUUUUGAUAAAAGUCAUGGUUGAUGUGUAGAAGUUGUCUAUGUUGCUGUAGUAUACAUACAAUCGAUAUGUCGUUCUACAAUAUUACCGUUAGAAACUUUUCAAUAAACCGUAAGCAUCUCUACCUACUA